AUGAGCCGUCAAAUGGUGCUGAUGGUGUGUCUCGCGCUCGUGCUGGUGGCGUGUUCCCGCGGCGGGGAGGCGCGUGUCAGACUCAACUCCAUCAGAACGGUGAUCCUGAGGGAGGGGCACGUGCUGCCGGUGAACAGGAGCGCGUGGGAGCCGAGUUUGGACCUGACGCUCUAUCAGUGCAUGAGCGACCUGGAGUGCAGCGAGGGGAGCUACUGCCACGCCCCCACCAAAGGCCCCGCCCACUCCCGCUGUCAGACCUGCCGCAGGAGGAAGAGGCGUUGCCAUAGGGAUGGGAUGUGUUGCCCAGGCAACCGCUGCAGCAACAAUCUCUGUGUCCCUGACGAGGACAGUUUUGUGUCUCAGAGGAUCCCAGACUCAGAUGGAGGGAUGAGUCCGCUGUCUAAAAAGAAAGGAUGGAGGAAGAGAGGCAAGAUGGACGUCAGAGGGUCCUCUGGUAAAGGUCAAGUCGGGGAUCCCUGUCUUCGCUCCUCAGACUGUUCGGACGCUUUGUGCUGUGCUCGUCACUUCUGGACUCGCAUCUGCAAGCCCGUGUUGCGGGAGGGACAGGUUUGCACGCGACACCGCCGUAAGGGCAACCACGGCCUGGAGCUGUUCCAGCGCUGCCCCUGCGGCGGAGGUCUUAGCUGCAGAACGCUGCGAGAGCCCGGCGCCCAGUCUUCCUCACCGCCAUCAUCGUCCUCCUCAUCUCUGCUGGCGGCGGCGUCAAAGUCAAAGUUCGCGGCGUCCUCGUCUCGCCACUCCUCCCCUCAGACGUCACUGCUGUCUUCGUCAGCAGCGAAGUCGUCGCCGUCGGUGGCAAAGACGAGACUCCACGUGUGUCAGAAAAACUGA